AUGUCUGCUAUCUCGGGUCUUGAUAUUGCAUUGUGGGACAUUAAAGGCAAACAACUUGGAGUUCCUGUUUAUACACUCCUGGGAGGAAAAGUUAGAGAAAAAGUCUCCGUAUAUGGUUGGAUUGGUGGAGACCGUCCUAGUGAUGUCUUGGAGCAAGCUAAGGAAAGAAAAGCUCAAGGAUUUACCAAGGUAAAGAUGAAUGCUAUCGAAUCUAUCGGUUGGUUAGAUUCCCCUGAUCUGCUAGAUGCUACGGUCGAAAGAGUGAAGCAAGUCCGUUCAAUUGGGCUUGACGUUGGUUUGGAUUUUCAUGGACGACUUCAUAAGGCCAUGGCCAAGCAGCUUGCAAGUAAACUUGCCCCUUAUGGACCACUCUUCAUCGAAGAGCCGUUACUCCCAGGGCAUGUUGACGAGCUGAAGACUUUAUAUCAGCAGACAACUAUUCCAAUUGCCCUCGGAGAAAGACUCUUUACUAGGUUGGAUGUCAAGAAGUACUUUGAGAGUGGAUGCAUUGACAUUAUUCAACCUGAUAUUUCCCAUGCUGGUGGUAUUUCGGAGACUAGAAAGAUUGCGAUCAUGGCUGAAGCAUAUGACAUCGCCGUUGCCCCGCAUUGUCCACUGGGACCACUUGCCUUUGCAGCAAGUCUGCAAAUUGCACUCUCUUCACCUAACUUCGUUGUUUGCGAAAUGUCCUGGAAGAUGCACUACAACCAGGGACACGAUCUACUAUCAUACGUGAAAAAUAAGGAGGCAUUCAAGGUUUCUGAGGGCAUGAUCGAUGCUUUGACUACCCCUGGAUUGGGUGUCGAGAUUGAUGAAGAUCUGGUUAGACAAGCUGCCAAAGAAAACGGAAACUUCUCUUGGAGAAACCCCGUCUGGAGAGGUCCUGAUGGUGCCAUUAGAGAGUGGUAG